AUGUGUGCUCUCAAUGUACACACGCUCCCCGACGACAUACUCUACGAACUGCUAAUCAAGUGCCGAGAUCUGAUAUCACUAAAGCGGCUGAUCCUCACCCACCCGGUAAUCUACCGCGCAUUCAACAGCUGCCGACGCCUGAUUCUUAGGGCGGUCUUUAAGAUACAAAGCAUUGUCCGCCUCAAACCCUAUACCAAUGAACACUACCUGGUGAAAGCCGAUAGAUACAUUUCCUGCAUGCUGCCUUGCAAUGCAGUUGACCGCGUCGCCCUGCGCGAGGCCCUCUGGCCUUUGGUCAAGCAGUCAAUGCCAUCCGUGGUCUCCUGCCAGUGGGCUUUAGCUCUUCUCGCUCGCUAUCAUCAAGCCGGGCUCGAACACAACGAACUCAUGUGUGCAAAAGAAGCCGCACGCACCAUGUUAUCCACAUCGUUGCCUAUGCACUUUGCUCAGCGCAUACUCUUCAGAGCCAUCGCCCGAACAUACGCUGCUUCCGACACGCCAGAAGAAGUAGUAGAACUAGACGCAGUCAUCCUACAACAACUCGAUCUGCAGUUGCAGGCUCACAGAAUCUGGGUGAAAGACUUCAUGCACACGUAUCGAAACAUCAGAAACGAUCAGAAAGGUUUGGACCUCCAGCUGAGGUGCUGGCAGUUCUGCCGAGACACACUUGGACCAGGAAACAAAAUUUCCCUAUACUGUGCAGGAAGCCUUGUCUGUAGCUAUCAGCUAAGAGGCGAGCAUGAUAAAGCGUUUGAAUUCUGCCGGUUCGUUUGGGGGUUUCUCAGUCCAUCAACCCCAGGGUAUACCGCUUGGUUGCGAAAGUCGAUGGAUAUGUUUUACAAGGCUAGCCAAAACAAUGAGGCCUGA